AUAAUUGGCACUUGCUUCGAAUUGACGCGCGAAUAAAAAAUGUUAGCGAAUUAAGUAAAAACAGUUGAGUGAAAACUAAGCUAAACUAAACGAAAUAACGGAAUAAACGAAUACAGAGAAAACAAAAAAAAAAUGGCGCAGGCUAUACGCAAUUCGGAUUUAUCGCAAAUAGCGGUAAAUGCGCACAAUAUACCCGACGACAGCGUCGAUUGCGGCAUCAUCGGACUGGGCUGGUGUCGGGGCCCCGCCUGCCAGAAAUACGCCCGGCUGCGCACCUUCAUCGUUGUCCUGUUGACCGCUGGCCUGCUGCAAGGCGCCUGCGAAUCCUAUUUCCGGGUCUCGGCCAAGCAGGCUGCCUACCAAUACGACUACCCGCCGCUGCUCGUCGAUUGGCUGCUGGUCAGCAGUGGAUUAUUUCAGGCUGUGUUCGCCUUGGCCUUUGCCUACUGGGCUGACUUUCAUCAUCCGAUCAAAUGGCUCGCUGGGACGCUGAUGCUGCAAUCGCUGGCCUGUGUAAUAACCGUGAUACCAGCCAUCAUCAACUUCUCUGAUGGCACCAAGUCGCAGGAUGCGUUGAUUGACUCCAAUCUGUGUGCCACAUCCUUGGCACAGUUUCAGAGGCUGACGAUGACGCAGGCGCAGAGCAGCACAACGACGCUGGUAAUGCUGUUCUUGCUCCAGCUGUGCCUGGGCAUGGGUGCACUUGCCUACUACACAGUCGGACUCACCUACAUCGAUGACAACUCCCUGUCCCGGGACAGUCCGGCUGUGAUUGCCGUCAUCCUCGGUGCGCGAGCCAUUGGACAGCAAGCGGGUUCGUUUCUCGUCCUCUUGGCGGGCAUGACCCACUUGGGCUGGUGGCUUGGCUGGGUCAUCCUGGCGCCCCUCAUCCUUGUGAGUGCCAUCUUGCUGGGGCUGUUCCCCAAGCGGCUGCCCAAGACAGUGAUCCAUCAGGCGGCGCAGCGCAUCAUCGAGCAGACGAAUAUGCGUGGCUUUGGCAGUCAGCUGUCCGCCUACAUGGAUGACACCGAUUUCUGGCCAUCGCUGAAGCGCCUCUUCAACAACAGACUGCUGAUGUUCAAUCUGCUGAGCAUCAUGCUGCUGCAGAGUGGGCUGCUGAACUAUGCCGCGCAGGAGGAGAACUACUUGCAGAGUCGCUUCUUUCUGCCCUUCAACGAACAGGAUGGGCUGACGCAGGAGUGGCGCACCGCCUUCGUUGCCUACUUCCUGCGUCCACCUGUGCUAGCUGUGGGCAUGCUUGUCGGCGGCUUGCUCUACUCGAAGGCACAGCUCUCGGCGAGGACCAUAACUGGGAUUAACAUUAGUCUGGCCAUCCACUUGAUUAUCGUCUUUGUGGGCUAUGUGUUUCUCGUCUGCGAUGUGGGCGCCAUUGCAGGCGUUGUGGGUGGCAAGCUGACGCAGCCGUAUUGCGCCAGUCAAUGCCUCUGCAACCCCACAGCCUUCAUGCCCGUCUGUCCGGAGAAUAGCACGGUUACCUAUUUCUCUCCCUGCUACGCGGGCUGCACCCAACUCUCGAGCAUCAACAGCUUUGAGCUCUACGACGGCUGCAGUUGCCUCGGCAAUCAGAGCCUAAAUCACGCGGGCACAACUCGUGCCACGCCCGGCGCCUGCAGCGCGGAUAGCUGUGCGCGCAGCAUAAUCAUCUUCCAGGUGCUCAGCAUAACGGCGGCGUUUAUGGUGGGCAUGUCCACCAUUGGCAAGACUCUGAUCACUUUGAGAGCUGUCCUGCCCCAGGAUAAAGCGCUCGCCUUGGCCUUUGAACUGAUGAUUGUGGGAUUGUUUGCCUAUGUGCCAGUUCAUCUCAGCUACGAUCUCGUCACACGCACCACCUGUGUCUAUUGGGCGCCCAACUACGACCGCUGUUUGCUGCGCGAGACGCCCAAGCAUGGCAACAUUCUGGACAUCCUGACAGCCUCGCUGAUCCUGGCCAGUCUGCUCUUCGACAUCCUGGUCUAUAUCUUUGCCAAGGGCCUGAAUCUAUACAAUUGCAAGGUGACGGAUAAUAACUAUACGCCUUCGCUGUAUGCGCCAGUGCCACAUGAGGAUUCCCCCGUUUCGGAUGUGGCUCGUGGUGGGAGUCCCUCAAUGAAUACGACGACAACGGCUGCUUCCAGUUCGCCCAUGCAACGACGCGAUGCGCCACAGCAGGCAGCAGCAAUACCUACAAAAGUCGAGCCACGUGUGGAGGCCGCUGUCUUUCGGCAUCCCAGUUCGCUGACCGAAUCCUCGGGCUCGCCGAGCAUUGUGGCGCCCAACGAGAGUGGAGUGACCUACGCCCAAGUCGUGUUCCCGCCGGAUAAGCGUAAGCCCAACGAUGGCAGCACCAGUCCCAAGCGACUGGCAGUGCCUGCCAAUGUGCCACUGCAUCAUCUCUCCGAGACAGACGUGCGCGCCCAGCUGGGCACCCUUAAGUCAUUCAAUGCCGCGCCGCCCAUCGGCGAGGAUGUGGCGGGCAAUGCCGACAUGCAUCCUACGGAAGUGGCCAGACCCCAAAGUCCCGAAACGGACUUUUAAAUAAGUUUCCUUUUCUUUCCCACAUCGAUUUUGCUGGUCGCUUUGUUUUUUAUGUAUAUGAUUAGCACUUCCAUUUGAUUAUUUAUAGCAUUAAUAUUUUAUACAGCAU